GCGCGGGGGCAGCGUAAAGCUCCGUAGGCUGCCGGCGCGGCGGGAGCCCUUCAGGCCGCGCGAUGGGUGCCGAGGCCUCCGGGAGCAGGCCGGCGCUGCGGGAGCUGGUGCGCGAGGCCGAGACCAGCCUGCUCGAGUGCAAGGUGUGCUUUGAGCGGUUCGGCCACCGCCAGCAGCGGCGCCCGCGCAACCUGCCCUGCGGCCACGUGGUCUGCCUGGCCUGCGUGGCCGCCCUGGCGCACCCGCGGACGCUGGCCCUCGAGUGCCCCUUCUGCCGGCGAGCCUGCAGGGGCUGCGACACCAGCGACUGCCUGCCUGUGCUGCACCUCCUGGAGCUCCUGGGCUCCGCGCUGCGCCCGGCCCCAGCCGCCCCCCGCGCCGCCCCCUCCCCCCCCGGGGUCCUCACCUGCCACCACGCCUUCGGAGGCUGGGGGACCCUGGUCAACCCCACUGGGCUGGCGCUGUGUCCUAAGACGGGGCGGGUCGUGGUGGUGCACGACGGCAGGAGGCGUGUCAAGAUCUUUGACGCCGGGGGAGGAUGUGCCCAUCAGUUUGGAGAGAAGGGGGCCGCUGCUCAGGACAUUAGGUAUCCACUUGACGUCACCGUCACCAAUGACUGCCAUGUGGUUGUCACCGACGCCGGUGACCGCUCCAUCAAAGUGUUUGACUUCUUUGGCCAGAUCAAGCUUGUCAUCGGAGGCCAGUUCUCCUUGCCUUGGGGUGUGGAGACCACCCCUCAGAAUGGGGUCAUGGUAACUGAUGCGGAGGCGGGGUCCCUGCACCUCCUGGAAGUCGACUUUCCAGAAGGGGUCCUCCGGAGAAAUGAACGGUUGCAAACUCACCUGUGCCAUCCCAGGGGGGUGGCGGUGUCCUGGCUCACCGGGGCCAUUGCGGUCCUAGAGCACCCCCUGGCUGUGGGGACCGGGGCCUGCAGCACCACGGUGAAGGUGUUCAGCGCAAGUAUGCAGCUCAUCGGCCAGGUGGAUGCCUUUGGGCUGAGCCUCUUCUUCCCCUACAAAAUAACCGCCUCCGCUGUGACCUUUGAUCACCAGGGGAACGUGAUUAUUGCCGAUACUUCUAGUCUGGCUGUCCUAUGCUUAGGAAAACCUGAGGAGUUUCCAGUACUGAAGCCCAUCAUCACCCAUGGCCUUUCCCAUCCUGUGGCACUGACCUUCACCAAGGAAAAUUCUCUUCUUGUGCUGGACAGUGCAGCCCAUUCUAUAAAAGUCUAUAAGGUUGACUGGGGGUGAUGGUGGGAGUCUUGGGGCGUGGCAUCAGAAGCCCUGGAGCUGCCACUGCUGAAUUGUUGAACCCUGGAUAAAUUACUUAAUCUCAUCUGUUCAACAGAGAUAAUUAUAAGUGCCUGGUAGACUUACAGAGGUUGGGACAAUUAUUAAAGUAUAAUAAUUAAAUCUAUGAUUUAUGGAUUAUGUACUCCCUGUGCUAAGAAAUUUGCUAAUAUUAGCUCCUUUAAUCCUUACAAUUACCCAAUUUCUAUUAUGAAUCCCAUUUUAGAGAUGAGAAAACUGAGACCCAGAGAGCUUAAGUGAUUUACCCAAGGUCACAUUUACUCACUAUGACAGUCACAAAUGGAACUCAAUUCUGACUCCAAAACCCCUUGCUCUUAAAUAAGAUAACAGAUGUGGAAAAAUAUAUGUGGGUGUAUAUUGUUGCUAUGUGUACUCUAUUUACAGGUAACUAUUUAGUUAGAUGCACAGAGAAAGGAGACUUUAUCGAGUUCAAGAGAAAAAAGGAUUUUGUGGUGGACAUCAGUUUAGUUCAACGUGCAGUUCCUUUGGUGGCUCAUUAGAUGGAGUUACUGUGGAUCCUGAGUUAGUUGAAUAAGAAAAACAGUUGAAAUUGCUUAUUCAAAAGGUCAACGCGUCUCUUAGUACCUGUAUCUCCUCCACUGUAGGUACUCAGGAAAUACUACUUGGUUGAGAAAGGCUUGUGUUGACGUAAGUUCUAAACUCCUGCGGAACGCUCUACCCCUAUACUCUGUGUUAGAGGCUGGAUGAUAUUUCUGUUCAUGUUAAUAAAGAGGCCACGUGUGGUAUAUGCAGCACGUAUGGAAAUAUCACUUGUUACCAUGUGGAUUACCCAACUGGAAGAAUGGGGCAUGAGUUCCUGAGAUGACCUGGGAGCGAAUCAGAGAGGCCAAGCACUACCCACCCUGCGCCACCUGGUGAAUCCAUAAAAGCAAGCAAAGGCACACUCAGCAGCGCUCACAUCACCUUCCAUCUGUUCUGGUUUUGCUCGAUACCUGAUCCUUGGAGUGUCUCCUGUUUUUGACCUUGU